AUGCGGGGUUCCCUGACGACGAAUCCCCCGCACCCUUCGUGCGGGCUCCUGGUAUUGACAGGCGCGUUGUGGGGCUGUACUAACCCAUUUAUUCGUCAAGGAACGAAAGGUCUUCGAGACGUCCAUGCUAAAACGUGGCUGGGGCAAGCAUGGGCUGAAGUCAGCUUUCUGCUUGGGAAUUGGCGAUAUGUGUUGCCGUGGUUGGUAAACCAGAGCGGUUCGCUGGCGUAUUUAGCGGCAGUGCAGCGGGCUCCGUUGUCAGUGGCUGUGCCGACAGCUAACAGUCUCGCGUUCGCGUUCACCGCUGUAGUUGGCGCUGUAAUAGGUGCCGAGGAACCUCUCAAUAGAGCGGAUGCCGCCGUUGGAAGUGAACCCGGACACCUGAGUGAAUUCGAAUUCGAAUAUUUACAGAAUCGCAGGGCAGAACAAAAAGAUGAUAACAAACUGCCCAUUCGCGACUGGGUGUUAAUGGGUUCGGAACCACCUUCCCAUCAACGGAGGAAGGAGGCGGUGAAUCCUUCAUUGGAUACAAACACAGCCGGCUGUGAGGGUUAUGUCAGACUCCUACUGACUAAACACCGCCUUGGACUAAUGGUUACAUGCCCGGAGGCAACGAACCUUCAACCGGAGCGACCGCCCCCCCUCAAGGGGGGGGGGGCGCAGAACUUUUAUAAUAAAUUCUUAAUAAAAAUACAGUUAGAAAAAGAGAGUACUGUGAUUCAGACUGCCACAACUCCAUCUAACGAAAAUGAGAGUGAGCAAUGCAUUUGA